AUGUCCACCCACGACGAGCGUAGCCCGCUCGGUGGCCCGCAGAAUGUCUUGCCUGCGUCGCAGUACUUGCAGGCCCGCUUGAACGAACGCCGUGCGCGAAACACGCGUCCCAAACGUGCCCGACACACCGACUUUGGUCCCCAAAAGCGUCGCGACGAUGACAUCUUCCUCAACGAGGCAGAGGCGAGUCGAAAGGACAGGAUGUUCGACAGUUCACCCGUCGUCGCCAGUUCGCGCGCCUCGGAUGCGGGUAGUGCUAGCAGGCGGCGCACACUUGGGUUGAGGGACAUGGACGAUCAGAUGGACCAGUUGAGCAAGCAGAACUUUGACCUCAAGAUGGAGCUGGAUCACCGUCGCCAACAGACACUGCGCAUGCAACAACAGAUCGAAUCGAUGGUGGAGCAGGUGGAGCGGGCGCAGAUGGUUGAGCACGAGCACAAGGAGUUGCUGCGCAUCAACUCGCAGUUGGUAGAGGAGCUGGAGAAAAGGGAUAGGGCUGUCGAGGAGGCUAUGGACAUAAUAUGCGAUUUGGAGGAUCGAGUGGCCGAAUACGACGAGAGGACCAGCCAGACCAGGCCCUCUACUGCCAACGCCGACUCUGGAUAUGCUGGCACCGAGACUCAGGAGCACGAACCACCAUCUUCACCCCCAGAAUUGAAUGCGCAUCCAAAGACACCACAUAUCCGGCCUGCAGUACAGGCCUCUGCUGCUUCCCAUAAGCUACAAGGUUUACUGAAUGGACAGACGCCGGCCAAGCCUAGGAGGGAGCCGUCGAUUCUGAGCCAACAGAAACCUAGCACAAACGCUCUUCGAAGUGUAUACAUGGAAAGCGCCCAGAAGCUGCAUCCCGUGAAAAGCUUCCAGUCGCUCCUGUCAAAGCAAGAGGCGAGGACGGACGAUGGCGACGACAUUCUCAACUCCCCAAGACUCAGCGUGUUGAGCGAGAGCAGCUUUCCGUCAAUCUACAGCCCAAAGCAGGCCAGCCCAGAUCGUUAUCCAUGGGAAGACACCGCCGAUGACGCUGCACCAGAUUCUGCUGUGGAUUCGCGAGACCGCCGUCGACAUCACAGCAUCAAACGAGUCAGCCAGUGGAUAUCCGAGCACGGCACAACAGAGGCGACCCCGUCAAAGUCUAACAAUCUUUCCACGCCCCUCGCCGACGGUGUCGAUGACCGUGCACAACCCUCCAGGACUGCUGUUCAAGAUGAUCAUUCUCAAUCGUUGAACGAUGCUCUGGUGUCAGCAGCCGCGAAGUCGCCCAACCUACUCCAAGACCCAGGCACGAGCAAACAAUCAGCAACACGUGCUCGCAAGCAACGGCCGGUUCAACAGCAUCGACCAACAAGCUUCGCAGGGCCUAUAUUUGGCGAGCCGAUGCUCCCACCGACCCCUGAUAGUGCAAGUACACGCAUGUUACGAGCAUCUAGGUCUAGCAAUAUCGCGGAUGAUCGUAGUCUGCUGGACACCACCCCAGCACCGAUCAAACAAGAAGCUCUUGUGCGUGGACCAGAGUCAGGGCUUCGCACUGCACCACGUCAGAUGCGAUCGUCUGUUGAAUUAAGGCAUGCGUUUGCGAGUAACUUGCACUACCGCAACGGUAACCUUGACGGUCAGCUUCAUGACGAUGACGAUUCCGACGAAGACUACGAUGCAGAUGCUCAGUCAGAGAUCAUCAGGGAUAUAUCUCUCGACUAUGAUGGCUACCCAGACGGCAAGUCGAUCGUUAUGGGGACACCUAGUAGGUUCCUCAAACACGCACGACCGCCUGUGGGUGAAAUGCCAUUCGGUGGGAAUGACACUUCGCCAACGGUCACCGCACAUUCACCACCGCAACGUCGACGUUCGAGCGACCAAAUUAUCAGCAGCCCUACGAAGCCCCGACUUGGACGAGUUGAAACGAGUCCAACCAUCUUUAGCUCGCUCGGUCGGAUUGUCAGCGGCGGGAAGAAGGCGCCAGCAGCAAGAGCGUCCGAUGAAAGCGUCACGAGCCCACAUUCCGUUCAUUCAGGAUCGUCCAGCAACCGCACAGUCGUCGCCAACGAGCCUAUUCAAGAAAUGGCAGAAGUGCCGCGGGAAGGUGCUCGGCUGACAAGUGGCUUGGCGUCACCAACGCGCUCUCGUGCGUCUCCUUCACCAGGCAGGUCUCUGAGCCAGAGGACUGCAGGACUAUUCCGACGACUGAGCAACAGUCAAGGGGAGAAGCCUCCAUUACCAACGUUGACUUCGGCACCGUCAUCCACUUUCGCCAACAAUCCGCCUGCUGAACUCAGGAGACCCAAGACUAGCCAUAGCGCUGAUCGGCCCCUCAAAAGCUCCGCAGGCACAACUGUCGCUCGUCCACCUAGCGCUCGUGAAGCCCGACGACCUUCGUUGCAAACGAGGACCAAGACAGAGCCUGCCACCGCCCGAUCUCGCUCGCCCGCCGCGACAGAUAGGACCGAUAAGGAGAAGAGGUCCAUCUUCACGCGCAGCAACAGCGUGAAGAAGUCGGCUGAAGCCAACAGCGACACUCAAAGCGCCAGGGGCCUGACAAAGCGUCGAGGUAGCCUUAGAGAAGCCGUCUCCACAGCAAGGCGACCAUGGCGGUAA